AUCAAUUUAGUUAAGCUUUAAUCAAUUUGGUUCAGUUAAGUAAAUAUUCCCAACCCAAAAUUAACUCGAAUCAGUAAAUAUUCCAACCUAAAAUUAACCCGAACCAUUCGAGUUCCGACCUUGUUUUGAUUCUUCCCAAUUCCCAUCCAUGUUGCACCUCCGUAAAGAUAGACCAUCACAACUUUAGUAACGUGUACUCAAAGCACACCUCUUCACACAUACGUAUAUAAAAACCACAUGUCCACGUUUUCAAACAUUAGCUUUACUCCCAACCUCAACUCCCAUUUUAUAUAUUUUUUCAAGCAACCCAGAAAUUAAUUUCCAAACUCUAGUCACUUUUCAUUUUUUUUUUUUUUUCUCAUCUUUAAAGCUAAGACAACAAAUAAGAAAAAACACAUUAAUUUCUAAUAUAGUUACACAUUUUAGGAUUUAUGAAAAUAUCAUUUAAUUAAUACUUAGAAAAUGACGCCUUCAUUAAAAUUUGCUCUGUUUUUUGCGGCAAAUUGCUUAUUUUUCUUCUGUGUAAUUCCAAUUAAUUCUCAAAUUAUUAGUCGAGCUGAUUUUCCAGAUGGGUUUAUCUUUGGCACCGCUUCUUCAGCUUUUCAGUUUGAAGGAGCUGUAAAUGAAGGAAAUCGAGGGCAGAGUAUAUGGGACACUUUUUCAAGGCUCCCAGGGAGGAUUUUGGAUUUCAGUAAUGCAGAUGUAGCUGUUGAUCAAUACCAUAGAUUUAAGAGCGAUGUAGAGUUGAUGAAGGAUUUGGGAAUGGAUUCUUACAGAUUUUCGAUUUCAUGGCCAAGAAUUUUUCCAAAUGGUACAGGAGAACCAAACCCGGAAGGAAUAGAUUACUACAACAAUCUUAUUGAUACUUUGCUUGAGAAAGGAAUUCAGCCCUAUGUAACCUUGUACCAUUGGGAUCUUCCACAGGCUCUUGAAGACCGUUAUGAAGGAUGGUUGGACAAUCAAGUAAUUAAAGACUUCGAGAAUUUUGCAUCAACAUGCUUUGAAGCUUUUGGGGAUAGAGUGAAACAUUGGAUCACCUUCAAUGAGCCUCAUGGUUUCUCAAUCAGUGGCUAUGAUUCUGGUGUACAAGCUCCCGGAAGAUGCUCAUUUCUUGGUCAUUUGGUUUGUAAGAAGGGGAAAUCAUCCGUUGAGCCUUAUGUGGCAGCUCACAAUAUCCUCCUUUCUCAUGCUGUUGUCUACCAUACUUAUCAAAGAAAAUUCAAGGAAAAACAAGGAGGGUUAAUUGGGAUUGCAUUAGAUGCAAAAUGGUAUGAGCCAAUAACAAGUAAAAAAGAAGACACAGAUGCUGCACAACGGGCAAUGGAUUUCUCGCUAGGAUGGUUCCUUGAUCCACUGUUCUUUGGUCACUAUCCAAAAUCAAUGCAGGAGCUUGUGGGAAGCAGGCUUCCUGAGAUCACACCUGAGAUAUCCAAAUUACUUACCAAGUCAUUGGAUUUUGUUGGCAUUAACCAUUACACGACAUUGUAUGCUCGAAAUGAUAGAACCCGAUUCAGGAAAUUUGUGCUUCAAGAUGCCUCAACUGAUUCUGCAGUCAUUACUUCUCAUUAUAGGUUUGGUGUACCAAUCGGAGAAAGGGCUGCUUCAAGGUGGCUAGCCAUCGUGCCAUGGGGACUGCGUUCAUUGACAAAGUAUGUGCGGGAUAGGUAUAGCAACCUACCAAUGUUCAUUACUGAAAAUGGCAUGGAUGAACAGGAUGGACCACAUGUAGCCUUAAACGAUGCCUUGCAAGAUGAUAAAAGAAUAGGUUUUCAUAGAGACUACCUCUCAAAUCUCUCUGCUGCAAUAAGGCAAGAUAACUGUGAUGUACGAGGAUACUUUGUAUGGUCUUUGCUAGAUAAUUGGGAGUGGAAUCUUGGUUAUACGCAUCGGUUUGGACUUUACUAUGUGGACUACAAGAACAAUCUAACAAGAAUACCUAAGCAUUCUGUCAAAUGGUUCAAAAAUUUCCUGAGGCUCGAUGAUAAUAGUCUGCACAAAGAUUCCUAACUUAAUUUGCUUUGCUUCUUCUUCCAUUAUGUACAUCAUUCGUUCUUGAACUUGUAUAUACAUUGGCGCAAUGUACACGACAGGAGACACAGGACAUAGAGAAUACUGCGAGGAAGAAGAAAGAAACUGUCAGUGAUCGAGAUUGGUACCAAUUUUAGGGUCAUAAUUAAGAUGCCAUUGACAGUUGAUCUCUUCAUGAAUUAAAUAUGUGAUUAUACAAAUUUCAAAACCAAUCAUUUUGAAGUUGUAACAACUUAUGUACAUGUACUGUACACUUGAAAGAAAGUCAUCAUACUUUACACUUUAAAGAAAUUCAUAUUUGGGUAGGAGAAGCCCUUUGUAACAGGCAGAGUGAUUCAUGAUCAAUAGGCAUUUCUGUAUUUUAGUUUCGACGUAGACGACUAAGAAAAAAUUCUUCUAGAGUUACCAAUAAUCAUUCUUCGAGGGGGGACUUCCAGGGUUUUGUGUUGUCAAUCAAACGAACACUUGUACUUGAUAAUCAUUUAUAUGCUUACAAAUUCGAAAGAA